UGCCCGUAGCCCAUGGACCAAGAGGUCCCAUUGUGCGUUCCGGCUUUGAUGGAUAUUCAUCCUCGGGCUGAGAAAUAAUCUUUCAACGAAUGGUCAUGUGGUAGUCUCUAUAAACACCGUGCCAAGUCAUUUAGCCACCAACCGUUGUCGAGUGUAGACAUCACAAAGAAGAGAAUGGCAAAGCAAGUGCAAAUUAAAUAUACUCAACUAUUCAUUGACAAUGAAUUUGUGGAUGCUGUAAGUGGUCGUAAAUUUCCCACAAUAAAUCCUUCCGAUGGUACAGUUAUCGCUGAAAUCUCUGAAGGGGAUAAGGCUGAUGUUGAUAAAGCAGUAGAAGCUGCUAAACGAGCUUUUGAUAGAAAUUCGAAAUGGCGUACUAUGCAUCCAUACGUCCGUGGACAACUUAUGCACAAAUUUGCAGAUCUCGUUAAGCGCGAUUUAGAUUAUAUUGCUACACUCGAAACUCUUGAUAAUGGAAAAACAUAUGCAAGUGCUGUUGAAGAUAUAGAAGCAAGUAUCGCUACUCUUCAUUAUUAUGCAGGCUGGUGUGAUAAGAUACUUGGAACUACUAUUCCAACAGGCGACACCAAUGUUACAUUAACACGAAAAGAGCCAGUUGGCGUUGUGGGACAAAUUAUCCCUUGGAAUUAUCCCUUCUUGAUGCUAGUUUGGAAAUGGGGUCCUGCAUUGGCUACUGGAUGCACUUUGAUCUUAAAGCCAGCGGAACAAACACCUUUGACUGCUCUUUACGCAGCAGCGCUGGCUAAGGAGGCAGGAUUUCCAGCGGGUGUCGUAAAUGUCAUUCCAGGUUACGGUUCAACUGCUGGCGCAGCUAUUGCUGAACAUCCAGAAAUUCGUAAAGUUGCUUUUACUGGAUCCACAGAGGUUGGACAUGCUAUAAUGGUAGCUGCUGGUAAAAGUAAUCUUAAGCGUGUCAGUCUUGAAUUAGGUGGCAAGAGCCCACUUGUUGUUUUCGAUGAUGUUGAUGUGAAAGAAGCUGCGAAAAUUGCAUCUAAUGCGAUAUUUGCCAAUCAUGGACAAAAUUGUUGCGCAGGAUCACGAACAUUCGUACAUUCUAAGAUAUAUGAUGAAUUCGUAAAGCAUGCUAAACAGUUGGCGCUUGAUAGGAAAGUGGGAGAUCCAUUCGACUCUAAAACAGAUCAGGGUCCACAGAUUGAUCAAGAGAUGUUCGACAAAGUUAUUGGAUUAAUCAAUUCGGGUAAACAGCAAGGCGCUGUUGUGGAAGCUGGUGGAAAUCGCAAGGGUGAUAUUGGCUAUUUUGUACAGCCUACAGUUUUCUCAAAUGUAACCGAUGACAUGAGAAUUGCCAAAGAAGAAAUUUUCGGCCCGGUUCAAACAAUUUUGAAAUUUGAUACUAUGGAUGAAGUAAUCGAACGUGCCAAUAGCACUAACUAUGGUCUGGCUUCCGGUGUAAUUACUAAAGAUAUUAAUAAAGCUUUAGAAUUUGCUCAAGCUGUAGAAGCGGGUAGUGUUUGGGUAAAUUGUUAUGAUGCUAUUACACCCCAAACACCAUUUGGUGGAUUCAAACAAUCUGGUAUAGGACGUGAAUUGGGAGAAGAAGGCUUGAAAGAAUAUCUCGAGAUCAAAACAGUUUCUAUCAGUAUCACAAGAGGAAAUUAAUAUACAAGUUGCCUGAAAUACAAUUUUUUAAUUAUCAUUUUACUUUUCUUAUAAUUAUCUUAAAUAAAACUUUUAUAACAGAAUAUUAAUGAAACGACAUAUGCAAUUUAUUAUUCAUGAUGUAAAAUUAGGAAAUUGUUUUAAAAAAACAUAUUAUAUAUAAAUAUUUACACAUAUCUUAGUUAUAUAUAAAAAAUUAUGUGAUUACAUAUGGUUAUAAAUAAGGACAAAAAAAUAGUUAUGUUUUAAAGCUUUA